AGGAGUGUCUCAAGGACUCACCCCGUUUCCGAGCCUCCAUCGAGCUGGUGGAAGCCGAGGUGUCAGAACUGGAGACCCGGCUGGAAAAGAGUAUGCCCUUGAAGUCCACUCAGGUUGUUACGUUUCAGCACAAGGAGUUCCUGUGUGGAUAGUCCGUGCCUUUGUGUUGCUGAGCACUCUUUCGUUGGCACAGAUGGACAAGUUUAUCCCCAGUUCGGUCUCAGGAAGUCUCAUUUUUGGGGAAAGGGUGGGGGGUAGGGAAGAAACAGCCACUCAGGAUCCCAGCUGCAGCCAGUGACACUCUCCUCAAGCUGGGGAAUGGCCUUCUGGAAAGUGGGCGCCAUUACCUUGCCGCUGGCCGUACCUUCGUCGCGGGCAUUUGUGACCUGGCCCGCCUGGGUCCGCCAGAGCCCAUGAUGGCGGAGUGUCUGGACAAAUUCACCGAGAGCCUUAACCACAAGCUGGACAGCCACGCGGAGCUUCUAGAUGCCACCCAGCACACGCUGCAGCAGCAAAUCCAGACCCUGGUCAAGGAGGGUCUCCGGGGGUUCCGAGAGGCUCGCCGGGAUUUCUGGAGGGGGGCCGAGAGCCUGGAGGCUGCUCUCAUCCACAACGCUGAGGUCCCCAGGCGCCGGGCCCAGGAGGCAGAAGAGGCAGGAGCUGCCUUGAAGACCGCCAGGGCCGGGUACCAGGGGCGAGCACUGGAUUAUGCCCUCCAGAUCAACGUGAUUGAGGACAAGAGGAAGUUUGACAUCAUGGAGUUUGUGCUGCGUCUGGUGGAGGCCCAGGCUACCCAUUUCCAGCAGGGCCACGAGGAGCUGGGCCGGCUGGCUCGGUAUCGCAGGGAGCUGGGCGCCCAGUUGCACCAGCUGGUCCUGAAUUCGGCGCGCGAGAGGAGGGACAUGGAGCAGAGGCACGUGCUGCUGAAGCAGAAGGAGCUCGGAGGGGAGGAGCCAGAGCCAAGCCUCAAGGAAGGGCCCAGUGGGCUCCUCAUGGAGGGCCACCUGUUCAAGCGCGCCAGCAACGCCUUCAAGACCUGGAGCAGACGCUGGUUCACUAUCCAGAGCAACCAACUGGUUUACCAGAAGAAGUACAAGGACCCCGUGACUGUGGUGGUGGACGACCUUCGCCUCUGCACGGUGAAGCUCUGCCCGGACUCGGAGAGGCGGUUCUGCUUUGAGGUCGUGUCCCCCAGCAAGUCCUGCCUCCUGCAGGCAGACUCCGAACGCCUCCUGCACCGGUGGGUCAGCGCUGUGCAGAGCAGCAUCGCCUCGGCCUUCAGCCAGGCCCGCCUGGAUGACAGCCCCCGGGGGCCUGGCCAGGGCUCGGGAUACCUGGCUGCGGGCUCCUCAGCUACCCUGGGCUGUGGCGGGAUGGCCCGGGGCAGGGAGCCCGGUGGAGGGGGGCACGUGGCCGCCCAGGUGCAGGGCGUGGACGGCAAUGCCCAGUGCUGCGACUGCCGCGAGCCAGCCCCAGAGUGGGCCAGCAUCAACCUGGGCAUCACCCUCUGCAUCGAGUGCUCUGGCAUCCACAGGAGCCUCGGGGUUCAUUUCUCCAAAGUCCGGUCUCUGACCCUUGACUCGUGGGAGCCAGAGCUGGUGAAGCUUAUGUGUGAGCUGGGGAAUGUCGUCAUCAACCAGAUCUACGAGGCCCGCGUGGAGGCCUUGGCCGUGAAGAAGCCAGGGCCUAGCUGCUCCCGGCAGGAGAAGGAGGCCUGGAUUCAUGCCAAGUACGUGGAGAAGAAGUUCCUGACCAAGCUUCCUGAGAUUCGGGGGCGAAGAGGUGGCCGGGGGCCCCCCAAGGGGCAGCCUCCUCUGCCCCCCAAGCCUUCCGUCAGGCCCCGGCCAGGGAGCCUCAGAUCCAGGCCAGAGCCCCUGUCCGAGGACCUGGGCAGCCUCCACCCUGGGGCCCUGCUGUUUCGAGCUGCGGGGCACCCUCCCUCCCUCCCCACCAUGGCUGACGCCCUGGCCCAUGGAGCUGAUGUGAACUGGGUGAACGCUGGCCAGGAGAAUGCCACUCCCUUGAUCCAGGCCACAGCUGCUAAUUCUCUUCUGGCCUGUGAAUUUCUCCUCCAGAACGGGGCGAACGUGAACCAAGUGGACAACCACGGCCGGGGGCCGCUGCACCAUGCAACCAUUCUGGGCCACACGGGGCUGGCCUGCCUGUUCCUGAAACGGGGGGCCGAUCUGGGAGCUCGGGACUCAGAAGGCAAAGACCCUCUGACGAUCGCCAUGGAAACGGCCAACGCUGACAUCGUCACCUUGCUCCGCUUGGCGAAGAUGAGAGAGGUGGAAGCGGCCCAGGGCCAGGCAGGGGAUGAGACGUAUCUGGACAUCUUCCGCGACUUCUCCCUCAUGGCGUCGGACGACCCGGAGAAGCUGAGCCGCCGCAGUCACGACCUCCACACGCUUUGAUCCCCGGCCCUCGCGCGCCCGCGCCUCCGACCUUGUCUCCCCCGACCCCGCCGCCCCUGGGCCAUUAAAGCCUCGGUGCUGUGC